AUGGCGAAAACAAGCCAGCUAGGAAGCCAGCUAGGAAGGUAGUUAGGAAGCUAGCUAGGAAGCUAGCUAGGAAGCCAGCUAGGAAGCCAGCUAGGAAGCCAGCUAGGACCUCCAACUCCACGCCUACACCUCCACUCGGGAUGGACGAGCACACUUUAAAACUCCUGGUGAAACUCACCCUGGAGGGCCAGCUGAGCUCUCUGGAGACCCGGAUCCCAUUAGGGGACCCGGAGGCGGUCCAGGCCGUCCGCAGCAAGCACUUCGGCCGGUCGGGGGACACCCUGCUGCACUACGCCGCCCGAAGGGGACACCUGGACCUCGUGGGGUAUCUAGUAACGCAGGUGGGCAUGGACGUGGAGGUGUGCAACCACGACUACAAGACGCCGCUGCACGAAGCCGCGUCCAUGAGCCACGAGGCUUGUGUGAGCUACCUGCUCCGGCAAGGAGCCCAGGUGGACUGUUUGAAGAAAGCGGACUGGACCCCCCUGAUGAUGGCCUGCACCCGCAGAAACCUGGGCGUGGUCCAGGAGCUGCUGGACCACGGCGCCGACCCGGCACUGAGGAACAAAGACGGCUGGAACUCCUUCCACGUCGCCUGCAGGGAGGGCGACCCCCAGGUGGUACGGCACGUGCUCCUCGUGGCGCCGGACGUCUGGAAGACGGAGAGCAAGACGCGGAGGACGCCGCUGCACACUGCAGCGAUGCACGGCUGUGAGGAGGUGGUUCGGGUCUUGCUGGAGAGAUGUGGCUACCCCCCCGACGGCGCCGACAGCUGUGGAGUCACCGCUUUCAUGGACGCCGUCAGGAACGGACACGUCGCCGUGGCCGGGCUGCUCCUGGAGAAACAUCAGGCGUCUCCGACGGCUGUGGACGUCCUCGGGGCUCAGGCGCUGCACCAGGUGGCCGUCACCGGCCAGGAGGGGGCGCUGCGGUACCUGGUUCGGGACCUGAACGUAGACGUCAAUCAGAGAGCAACGGGCGUCCAGCUCACGGCCCUGCAUUACGCCGCAAAGGAGGGCCACACGUCCACGAUCAAAACCCUGCUGGAGCUGGGGGCGGAGCUUCAUGCUCGGGACAAAAAGGGAAGAACAG